AUGUUCCAAAAGUGUUUGAUCGUUUUGGCUGUUGCUCUGUUCUGUAUUUCUUCAUCGCAAAUCGUCUACACUCCAGAAGUUGUAUCCUCUCCUUACUAUUAUUCUUCUCCGAUUUCUGCAUAUCCAUAUGCUUAUGCUUAUGGAGCUGCUGCUUAUCCAACUGCUUACUAUGGAUGGGGAUCUAAUAAGGGACCAUCAUCUCCUUCUGCUGCUCCAACACAGAAAUUGACCAACAACCAAUGA